UCAAACAAAUAGAAAUUUGAAGUAGCCUAUAGGAUUCUUAGAAGCAUGUGAGGACCUGAAGGAGACUAAAGGCGGAAUCUCCAGUACAGGCCCCUCCCUGGUCCUCAACAAACCUUUAUUAACGACAGUGCGCACCAUCAUCUUCACAUCAAUCAAUUCAGCAUGUCUGGACGCGGUAAGGGAGGCAAGGGACUCGGAAAAGGAGGCGCCAAGCGUCACCGUAAAGUUCUCCGUGAUAACAUCCAGGGAAUCACCAAGCCCGCCAUCCGCCGUCUGGCUCGUCGUGGCGGUGUGAAGCGCAUCUCCGGACUCAUCUACGAGGAGACCCGCGGUGUCCUCAAGGUGUUCCUUGAGAACGUUAUCCGUGAUGCCGUCACCUACACCGAGCACGCCAAGAGAAAGACCGUCACUGCCAUGGAUGUUGUCUAUGCCCUGAAGAGGCAGGGACGUACUCUCUACGGUUUCGGCGGUUAAACCAGUCUCUCACCCACUGACCCCAAAGGCUCUUUUAAGAGCCACACAAAUGCACCGAAAAGCUUCCUACUAUACGGAUGAACUAGCCCUCUGUAACGAGUUACAAUUAAAUUUAUUGUUGGCUAUUUUGUUAAAGGCACCCAGUGCAACUUUAUGUAAACAUUCAAUGAAAAAUAAUCAUUCAAUUUCUAGUCUUUUUUUACACGUAAGUUUCAAUAACUCCAUACCAUUACAU